CACAAAUGUGUGCGUAUGAGGGAUGGAGAGUGGGGCGAGGAUGUAGAGUUUCAAAUCAGGUUUAUCUUCUACAUCCAGCUGUAAAGAGAACUCACUCACUAUCAUGGUCUCCAGCAUCGUGGUGGAAAACAUCUACCUCCUCGUCAUCGUCACCCUCAUCAGCGUUCUUCAGAAUGGUGGAAAAGGAAUGCAUCAGACAAAAUGUCCAAACAUCUGCUUUUGAACGAGUUUCCUGCGCCAAUCGUAAUUGCAUGGAUGCUUAUUCAACUUUCCUGGCAGUGAUGUGGUGUGCCGGUGUGUGUCUCAAUCAAGCUCCUGCCGCCUUUGCUGGGAUCAUCUACCUGGUUGUCAGGCAGAAGUACUUUGUGGGAUACAUGGGACAAACCUCUCAAAGCACUCCUGGCUACCUGUUUGGGAAACGUGUCCUCUUCUUUCUGUUCCUGAUGUGCAUUGUGGGCAUAUUCAACUACCUUCUGGAGCAUUAUUAUGGCAGCGACUACAAGGAGUACGUGGAGAUCAUCACCAGCGCUUCAUCUGCUCUGCUCCUCAUCCCUUAGUCCAGUAUGUGUCACAUAACAGAAAUUUCUCAAAAAGCAUCUUUAAUGGGAGAGACUGUAUCAGACAGAAUUUGACCUGGGUUGUCUUUCAUUUUGUAAAACAGCUUUUAUUGUAAUUGAGUUUGGUAAAAAAAAAUAAACCUCAACAACAAAGUCUGA